AUGAUACGUUAUGUUGUAGGUCGUGCUGCGAUGAUAGGGUUCUUUAUGACGUACUUUGUUGAUAGUCUUACUGGAGUAGGUCUUGUUGAUAAAAUGGGGAACUUUCUCUGCAAAACGCUUUUGUUCGUGGCUGUGGCUGGAGUUCUCUUCGUCCGCAAGAAUGAGGAUUUGGAUAAGUUGAAGAAGCUUUUUGAUGAGACGACAUUAUAUGAUAAACAAUGGCAAGCAGCUUUGGAAAGAUGUAGAAGAACUUUAGCUGUUAGUUCCACUCCCAAGACUGAGAAGCCUACUCGUUUCUUUUUCUCCAAGAAUAGUUUCAAACUGUUCACUGGGAUUUCAAGGAUAGGAUCAUGGGAACCCAUUUCUCGCCAGCUAGACUCUGCAGAACAGAGAGAGAGAAAAAGAUAG